GGCGCUAUCACGGUCUGCGCAGUUCGUAUCCAAAACUUCGAGUACACGUAACAAGCCGCGGCUUGUUCUCAAGGAACGUCGCCAUAUUUCACGGACCUAACGGGAAGACGAGAGUCACGCCAUUGUGCGUAUCGUGUCAGAAUUAUCAUCGAUUCCGUAGGCAUUGUUCGCAGUUGAGUGAAGUGUAGCGAGUGUCGCGGCUCUCCUCGGCGACAUCGACGUUUCAAUUAGAGUUUGGCACUAAACGGUGGCGACAAAUUACUGCAACGGAAAUUGAAUACGCACGUGCCCAACAUGUACAGCAGUAACAUCGACCCCUGGGAGCCUGGCUACGGGCCAGAAAGAAGAAGUCACAAUUCCGACUACGACUAUCGCAGUGACUAUGGCAGCAACAGAUCUCCAGAAUACACAGAACACCGUGACGUUGAUCAUCGCGAUAGAGAGCACCGUAGUCCGGAUUACAGAAACCAUCGUGGGAGAGACAGGGACCGCGAGAGGGAUCGUUCGCGAGAUAGGAGGGAUCGUAGCAGAGACGACCGCGAUCGCAGCUAUAGGGACCGCGAGGAUCGUUACGGACGGCAGCGUGAUAGAGACUCUGUGGAGAGAGACAGGGACAGGGAUAGGGACAGAGACCGGGACAGAGAUCGUUCUAGGCGCGACAGGGAUCGAGAUCGGGAUAGGGAUCGUAGGGGGAAGUCGGAUCGGGAUCGCGAUCGCGAUCGCGAUGACGAUCAUAGCCGGGAGAGUUUGGACUUUGAGCACGAGCAUGGGCGCGCUUAUAGCUCGUCCAUGGAGGGAAUCCACUACAAAUCGCAAUCUCCUAACAACACCAUUAUGAUACGUGGACUUGCUCAGCACAUUACUGAGAAUGACGUGCGGCAAGACAUCCUCAACUGUGGUCUCAUGCCCAAGGACAUAAGGCUGAUUCGGAAAAAAGAUACAGGUGCUUCGCGAGGUUUUGCAUUCGUCGAGUUUAACGCGACUCAGGAGGCCGCACGGUGGAUGGAGAUGAAACAGGGAGUGCUGAUGCUGCAGGACCAAUAUCGCGCAUUGAUGCAGUACAGUAUACCGAAAGAGUGCCAUGUGGAUAAACCGCCAGCGAAGAAUACUCAGGAUUGGCACUGCGUUAAGUGUGGAGCGCACAAUUUUAAAAGGCGCGAGACUUGCUUCAAAUGCUCUGCCUCGCGAGCGGAAAGCGAGGAAGGUGGAGAAGGUAGCGACGAAAUCAGUCCGCAUCCUACCAACACCGUGCUCUUGCGCGGGUUGGAUGUGUUAACUACCGAGGACUCGGUUCUCCAAGCAAUGAAGAAUCUUUCGUCGAUGCCGAUACGUAGUAUUCGUAUUGGUCGUGAUUCUCUCACGAAUACGUCUCGAGGUGUGUGCUACCUGGAGAUGGGCAACGUGGUGGACGCGAUGUACCUGCAUACCGCACUCACGAAGCAAGGACUGGUAGUGGACGGCAGAAAGGUAGAGAUAACGUACUGUAAACUCCACCAGAUCAAUAACGCAAACGCGUGGAAGUCGAACGACACCCAGCCGCAGAGAUACACCUUGGACGAUGUCGCACAGUUGGCCGAAUACAGCGCGAAUUUGUACGCCAAAACGCCCACGCAGAAAGCUCACUACCUUCAGUAUUACACGCAAUACUAUCAGAAUCAGAUAAUGCAGGGUUCGGCGAUUACUCUACCUUCUCUGAAUCAAACAGACCGUGUAAACGCGGCGGCGGCAGUGGCACAAUCUGCCAUUCAGCAGUUACAGGCCUCCAGAAAGUUGGGUGAGACCGACGAUGUGAAGGGACGACCGACGCCUACGGCACCAUCCAGCACGACGUUAGCGAGCGGAAGGGUUCCCGCGCACUCCAGCGACGGAAAAGUAUAUUCCGUACCGGACGUCAGCACUUAUCAUUACGACGAGUCGUCCGGCUACUAUUACGAUCCCAGCACGGGAUUGUAUUAUGAUCCGAAUUCACAAUAUUAUUACAAUAGUCACACGCAACAGUUCCUUUAUUGGGACGCCGAAUCGUUCUCGUAUCAACCAGCCAAGACUACCGCAAGUACGACCCAAGGAGCCACAAGCAGUACUACAAUAACGGCGACUGCGAGUAGUGCGGAUUCCACGAGUACCAUCAGUAAUCAGGCUACGACCUCGACGGCCGCGAUUGUGACUCAAGAGGCGUCGAAAGAGGACGAAAGCAAAAAGAAGGACAGCAAGCAGGACAAAGUGAAGGUUGCGAAGAAAAUAGCAAAAGACAUGGAACGUUGGGCGAAGACCCUAAAUCAGAAGAAAGAGAAUGCAAAGAGCAAUUGGAACUCUGACUUCGCCGGUGUGGAUGGUAAUCAAGGUGUCGGGAGCGGCGCGGCGGACGCAGGAUACGCCAUCUUGGAGAAGAAAACUGUCGCAAAUCCUUAUCAUGAGGACGAGGAUCAGAGUGGUAAUGGUUUAGUGGCUGCUUACGGCGGCGGGAGCGAUACCGAGGAGGAGAUAGAGGAUGUACAGCAGGAGGAGAAGCAACAUACAGACUGGAGUAAACUGGCAUGUCUGCUCUGCAAACGACAGUUCCCGAGCAAGGAAGCGUUAAUGCGGCACCAGCAAUUGUCCGAUCUGCACAAGCAGAAUCUAGAGAAUUGGUAUCAGGUGCGCGGUCUAGACCCCAAUGACCCGCAACAGAGGAACAACAAGUACAGAGAUCGCGCCAAGGAAAGGAGAGCAAAGUACGGCGAACCCGAACCACCACAGCCCAACAAGUUGAAAGAGAAAUAUUUGAAAACGAGAGUGGAGGAGAUGUCAGUGUCGUAUGAAGAACCUACGAGAGCUGGCAUCGGGUCCGAUAACGUUGGUAAUAAAUUAUUACAAAAAAUGGGUUGGAGCGAAGGGAUGGGUUUAGGGAAAUCAAAUCAAGGUAGAACGAGCAUUAUCGAGGCCGAGAGACGCGUACCUACAGCCGGCUUAGGAGCGAAAUCUUCGUCGUACAGCGCGUUACCAGGCGACACUUAUAAAGAUUGUGUGAAAAAGAUGAUGUAUGCGCGGUAUCAAGAACUGUCUGACACGUAAUACGUAGGAUAUCAUUAAGAUAGAUUUUAUACAUACGCGCGUAUAUAUAUAAAUAUAUAAAUAUAUAUACAUAUAUAUAUAUACUCGAUUUUCCAUAGACUCAUAAUUACACGCUCACAUAUUAUUAUCGUACGAUAAUAAUAAUAAUUAAUGUAAUAGCUACUUACUGGUAACAGUGAUAGCCAAUUCUUGGGACUGCAGAGAGAUAACUACAGUUAUUUCUCGUAUCCUCGUGCAGAAUUAUGUUUUCAUACGCUUCACAGAUGGUGAUAUUUACAUGGAAUCCUAUAUAUUAUAGAAGAGAAUUAUUUUUCUUUAUAUAUAGGGUUCUUAUCAGGAUAUAGACAUGCUAUUUUCUAAUUUUAUUUAUAUAUCAUCAAAAUAUGCAUCGCUCGAAUUCAGUAAUAAGUACCGAAUUUUUCUUGAGCUAGAUUACCUGUGGCUUUUUCGAAAGAUAUAUUUUCCGCUUUUAUAUACGGAAAAGAUGAAACAUUUAAGCAGGUAAUGAGAGUGCCGUAUUAUUGUGCAAUGCAAUAAUUCUUGCCCAAGAAUAAACUAUGUACAGCUGAGUACCAGUGGUAAAGUAAAGCAACUAUGGAUCCGAUCAUUUCAGUUAAUUCUCUUUAAUCCUGUAUACGCGCAAUAUAGAACACAUGUUAUAAAUUAAAAAUAUCACGGGACAUAUUAUGUAUUCGAUGACUUCAUAAGCGGCUCAUACAACGGAUCAUUAAAAUUAUCUUAUUAUGAACGCGUAGUAUACGAGACAUAGAAACAUUCGGGCUUUCUUAAUAUGUUCUGCAAACAAAAUAACGUCCCUUUCACCGCAAAAAUAUUGUUAGCACAUUGAUUUCAUACUUCUAUUAAAAAAAAAAAAAAAAAAAUAGAUAUCCUUUCAUCGUACAGUGUCUGAGUUUACGUUAACCAUACAUAUUUAUUAUAUCACAAUGAAAUCUUUGAGGUUUCAUAUUUCUUUAUAGUUUGAGCAUACCAAGCUAGAUAGAUACAUUGAAUAGAACAUUUAUCCAUAUACUCAGUUCUUUUUUUAUCGUUUUUAUCUCAUUUCGAUGAUCGUACAUUACACUUAUUAUUAUACAUCUCUAAUAUCAUUCUUACAAUUUACUGUCAUUUUUCUAAAGUCAUCAGAGAAUCAUGUAUUAGUAAGGAAUCUUCCUACUUUGACGGGUCAAAAAAACCGGUUUUUUUACAUCUUACAGUUUGACGUCUCAAAAAUAUAUUCCUAAAGUGUUACAGCUAAAUGGCCUUGGAAUAGCUGAUUAAUUAUGAUUAACGAUCGGAAUCAUGUUCACCAGCAACACACUUUUUCAAGAACUUUCAUUGGAACUGCUACUUUGGAUAUUAUUGUUAUUAUGACUUAUAAUAAAGUAUAUUCGUCGUACAAAUGUUGGUCAGUAAACGUAUAAAAGUUUUUAAUUGUAAUACUCCAUACAUUUAUUUCGAAAAAUUCCCAAAAACGAUCUUACUUUCAGAGUGUCAAAGUAGGGAGACCCUUUAAGUAAGAAAUCGAAACAAAUUAAUAAAUAUAUAUACGGCAUUAUUGCUUACAAAUAUUGCAUGUGUAAUUUUUUUAUAUACACUAAACUUUCCAAACUCGCUAGAUUAGGGCACCACUCUUAUGAAAGACAUAUUUUCCUUUUCUAAGAAAGGAAAAGCGCUUCCUACGAGAAGAUUACAAUAUCUAUGAGCAAUAAACUGCAACAUGUAAUUUGAAA